CAAAAAACCAUAUAAAUAGCCAAACACCUCCUUCCACUCAAACUAUCCCCUAUCCCAAAAUCGUGAACCAAUUUCUAUUCUCCAUGGAAACUUACAAAGCUUUCUUGAUUUUGUUCCUCAGUUUUCUUCAUCUAUCAAUAGCCAAAAAAAAACAAGAAAACAUACCCUUAUCACUUUCUUUCCCUAUUACUACAACCCCUUUAUCUCAAAAUUCUUCAUUAAAAUCUAUAUCUCUAUCUUCUUCUAAAGCCAUGACUAAAAUCCCAUCUUUGAACUAUAAAUCAAAUUUCAAAUAUUCAAUGGCUCUAAUUGUUACACUUCCUAUAGGGACACCUCCACAGGAUCAACAAAUGGUUUUAGAUACUGGUAGUCAACUUUCUUGGAUACAAUGUAACAAAAAAUUAUCACGUAAAAUAACACCUCCAACAACGUUUGAUCCUUCUUUGUCCUCUUCUUUUUCUGCUCUACCAUGUAACCACCCGUUAUGUAAACCACGAAUUCCCGAUUUUUCCCUCCCAACAUCGUGUGACCAAAAGCGUCUUUGUCACUACUCUUACUUCUAUGCUGAUGGUACUUUAGCUGAGGGUAAUCUUGUCCGAGAAAAAAUAACGUUCUCGAAUUCCCAAACUACCCCUCCGUUAAUCCUUGGUUGCGCGACGGAGUCACGUGACGCCGAGGGUAUUUUGGGAAUGAAUCUUGGAAGGUUCUCAUUUGCCUCGCAAGCUAAGGUGCAAAAAUUCUCUUAUUGUGUCCCUAGUAAGCAAGGGAAAAUAUUGCCAAGUGGCACAUUUUACCUAGGUCAAAAUCCCAAUUCACAUAUGUUCCAAUACAUUAAUCUUUUGACUUUUCCUCAAAGUCAACGCAUGCCCAAUUUGGACCCCCUAGCUUACACUAUUGGCAUGGUAGGGAUAAAAAUUGGUGGGAAAAAAUUGAACAUCCCCGAGAGGGUUUUUCGACCAAACGCUGGUGGUUCUGGCCAAACGAUGAUUGAUUCGGGCACACAAUAUACUUUUCUAGUGGAGGAAGCUUAUAAUAAAGUUAGAGAUGAAGUCGUUAGGUUAGUAGGUCCAAAAUUGAAGAAGGGGUACGUUUACGGUGAAUCACUUGAUAUGUGCUUUGAUGCUGUAAAUUCUGUACAGGUUGGACGAUUGAUAGGCGAUAUGACACUAGAAUUUGAAAAAGGAGUGGAAGUCUUGAUAAAUAAAGACAAAGUGUUGGAUGAUGUAGGUGGAGGAGUUCAUUGUGUGGGGAUUGGAAGAUCAGAAUCACUUGGAAUGGCAAGUAAUAUUAUUGGUAAUUUUCAUCAACAAAAUUUAUGGGUAGAAUUUGAUUUGAGUAAUAAAAGAGUUGGUUUUGGAAAAGUAGAGUGUAAGUAGGGUGUACUAGACUAGUGUUGGUGGGUAGUAGUUGUCACAUAUUAUGGGUGCUUGUUUCGAGUACAUAUUUUUAUUGAUACUUUUUGAAAAAAUGGUGUAUAUGUCAAUCUAGAGGAGCUGUUGGGGACUUGUGUUGUAUAAAAUAUUUCUUGGCCUAAUAGAAAAUUACAUAAAACAUGGAUGUAUACUAUGUAUAUUUGCUGAGUUGGCUUAGUUUAUGACAUCGGAUAUUAUUAUUUUA